GCCGUGUCGAGGGGCGGGGGCAGAGGGAAGUGGGCGGGAGCCGAGUGCCGAGGGGCGAGAGUCGCUCUCAGUCGCCGGGCGCUGGGCAGGGGGGUGACCCGCGCGGACCGGGCCGGGAUGAGCAAUGGCAUCGGUCAAGGUGGCCGUGAGGGUCCGGCCCAUGAAUCGCAGGGAAAAGGAUCUGGAAGCCAAAUUCAUUAUUCAAAUGGAGAAGAGCAAAACAACAAUCACAAACUUAAAGGUAUCAGAAGGAGGGACUGGGGACUCAGGAAGAGAAAGAACCAAGACCUUCACAUAUGACUUUUCUUUUUAUUCUGCUGAUACCAAAAGUCCAGAUUAUGUUUCACAAGAAAUGGUUUUCAAAACCCUUGGCACAGAUGUUGUGAAGUCUGCAUUUGAAGGUUAUAAUGCUUGUGUCUUUGCAUAUGGGCAGACUGGAUCUGGAAAGUCAUACACUAUGAUGGGAAAUUCUGGCGAUUCUGGCUUAAUACCUCGUAUCUGUGAAGGACUUUUCAGUCAGAUAAAUGAAACCACCAGGUGGGAUGAAGCAUCUUUCCGAACUGAAGUCAGCUACUUAGAAAUUUAUAAUGAACGUGUGAGAGAUCUUCUUAGGCGGAAGUCAUCCAAAACUUUCAAUUUAAGAGUCCGUGAGCACCCAAGAGAAGGACCUUAUGUUGAGGAUUUAUCAAAACAUUUAGUACAGAACUACGGUGACGUAGAAGAACUUAUGGAUGCAGGAAAUAUCCUUCGCACCACAGCAGCGACCGGGAUGAAUGACGUCAGUAGCAGGUCUCAUGCCAUCUUCACCAUCAAGUUCACUCAGGCAAAAUUUGAUUCGGAGAUGCCCUGUGAAACCGUGAGUAAGAUCCACCUCGUCGAUCUUGCCGGGAGCGAGCGUGCAGAUGCCACCGGUGCAACCGGGCUUAGACUGAAGGAAGGAGGCAACAUCAACAAAUCCCUCGUGACUCUGGGAAAUGUCAUUUCUGCCUUAGCUGAUUUAUCUCAGGAUGCAGCAAACCCCCUUCUAAAGAAGAAGCAAGUUUUUGUGCCUUACAGGGAUUCUGUUUUGACUUGGUUGUUAAAAGAUAGCCUUGGAGGAAACUCUAAAACUAUCAUGAUUGCCACCAUUUCACCUGCUGAUGUCAAUUAUGGAGAAACCCUGAGUACUCUACGUUAUGCAAAUCGAGCCAAAAACAUCAUCAACAAGCCUACCAUUAAUGAAGAUGCCAACGUCAAACUCAUCCGUGAGCUGCGAGCUGAAAUAGCCAGACUGAAAAUGCUUCUUGCUCAAGGGAAUCAGAUUGCCCUCUUAGACUCCCCCACAGCCUUAAGUAUGGAGGAAAAACUUCAACAGAAUGAAGCAAGGGUUCAAGAAUUGACCAAGGAAUGGACAAAUAAGUGGAAUGAAACACAAAAUAUUUUGAAAGAACAAACUCUAGCCCUUAGGAAAGAAGGUAUUGGCAUUGUUUUGGAUUCUGAACUGCCCCAUUUGAUUGGCAUUGAUGAUGACCUUCUGAGUACUGGAAUCAUCUUAUAUCACUUGAAGGAAGGUCAGACAUAUGUUGGUAGAGAAGAUGCUUCAACAGAACAAGAUAUUGUUCUUCAUGGCCUGGACUUAGAGAGUGAGCACUGUAUCUUUGAAAAUGUUGGGGGGACCGUGACUCUGAUACCCCUGAGUGGGUCUCAAUGCUCUGUGAAUGGUGUUCAAGUCAUGGAGGCCACACAUCUAAAUCAAGGUGCAGUGAUACUCUUGGGAAGAACGAAUAUGUUCCGUUUCAACCAUCCAAAGGAGGCUGCUAAGCUCAGGGAGAAGAGAAAGAGUGGCCUUCUGUCCUCCUUCAGCUUGUCCAUGACCGACCUCUCGAAGUCCUGUGAGAACCUGUCUGCAGUCAUGUUAUAUAACCCUGGUCUUUUCCCUAUAAAAGGACCCAUCUGUCUAAGACUUGAAUUUGAGCGGCAACAGCGUGAAGAACUUGAGAAAUUAGAAAGUAAAAGGAAACUCAUAGAAGAAAUGGAGGAAAAGCAAAAAUCAGAUAAGGCAGAGCUGGAGCGGAUGCAGCAGGAGGUGGAGACUCAGCGCAAGGAGACGGAAAUCGUCCAGCGCCAGAUCCGCAAGCAGGAGGAGAGCCUCCAGCGCCGCAGCUUCCACAUCGAGAGCAAGAUGAAGGACCUGCUUGCGGAGAAGGAAAAGUUCGAGGAGGAAAGGCUGAGGGAGCAGCGGGAGAUUGAGCUGCAGAAGAAGAGGCAGGAAGAAGAGAGCUUUCUCCGUGUCCAGGAGGAACUCCAGCGGCUGCAGGAGCUCAGCAGCAAUGAGGAGGCUGAGAAGAUUCAGAUAUUUCGAGAACUGGACCAGCUCAAAAGGGAAAAAGAAGAGCAGUAUGCCAAGCUUGAAUUGGAAAAAAAGAGACUGGAGGAGCAAGAAAAGGAGCAGGUCAUGCUCGUGGCCCAUCUGGAGGAGCAGCUCCGGGAGAAGCAGGAUUUGAUCCGGCUCCUCCAGCGAGGGGAGGUACAGCGGGUGGAGGAGGAGAGGCGGGACCUGGAGGGCAUUAGGGAGGCCCUGCUGCGGGCCAAGGAGGCCGGGGCUGAGGGGGACGAGGACACCGAGGAGCUGGAAAGGGCUCAGCUGCACUUCCUCGAGUUCAAGAGCAGACAGCUGGUCAAGCUAGCCAACUUAGAGAAGGACCUGGCUCAGCAGAAGGACCUCCUGGAAAAAGAACUUGAAGAAGAACGGGAAUUCCUAGAGCACUUAAAAUCAGAAAAUGAAGAAGAAUUUAGGUUGCUGGAAAGAAAUGAUGAUAGCCUCACCCAGAUGACUCAGGGUUUGGAGAAGAUAAAGCCGACAGAGUCUAGGCUGCAAUAUAAGGAGCGCCAGCUCCAGUACCUCCUGCAGAAUCACUUGCCAGCUCUAUUAGAAGAAAAGCAGAGAGCCUUUGAAAUUCUUGACGGAGGCCCUCUUGGCUUAGAUAAUACUCUUUACCACGUGGAGAAAGAAAUGGAAGAGAAGCAAGAGCAGCUUGCGCAGUACCAAGCCAACGCCAGCCAGCUGCAGAAGCUCCAAGCCACCUUUGAAUUCACUGCCAAUGUUGCACGUCAGGAAGAAAAAGUGAGGAAAAAGGAGAAGGAGAUUCUGGAAUCACGGGAGAAGCAGCAGAGAGAGGCGCUGGAGCGGGCCGUGGCCAGGCUGGAGAGGAGGCACUGGGCCCUGCAGAGGCGCUCCACCCUGGGUCUGGAGAUCCAAGAGCAGAGGCAGAAGCUGGCCACUCUGCAUGGGGAUGGCAGCGGGCAGGCGGGGCUCCAGGUCAGCCUGGAGGCAGAGCAGGAGGCCCUGGAGAAGGACCGGCAGAGGUUAGAACAUGAAAUACAACAGUUGAAGAAGAUCUGUGAGGUUGAUGAUGUUCAAAAAGGUAAUCAUGAGACCUUGGAGGCGAAGACCGAUUCUUCCAGCUUGUCAUCUAGUGCUGAAAAGCCUCACCCAGUCCCUCUGAUGGAUGCCAGGAUCAACGCUUACAUUGAAGAGGAAGUCCAGAGGCGACUUCAGGGCCUGUACCUCAUUCCUGGCGAUGACAGCCACACCCCUGCAGAUGCGAUGAAGGAUAAUGAGAAACUUUACAAUGGCACCAUUCAACGUAAGCUAAAAUAUGAGCGGAUGUUUUCUCGCUCUUUGGGAGCAAAUCCAGACGACCUGAAGGACCCAAUUAAAAUUAGUAUUCCACGCUACAUUCUCUGUGGGCAAGGAAAGGACGAGCACUUCGAGUUCGAAGUCAAGAUUACUGUCCUAGAUGAGACAUGGACCAUAUUCAGGCGUUACAGUCGUUUUCGAGAAAUGCAUAAAACAUUGAAGUUAAAGUAUGCAGAGCUUGCUACCCUUGAAUUUCCUCCGAAAAAAUUAUUUGGAAACAAGGAUGAACGUGUGAUUGCUGAGAGGCGAAGCCACUUAGAGAAAUACCUCAGGGACUUUUUCAGUAUGAUGCUCCAAUCUGCGACAUCUCCCCUACACAUCAGCAAAGUGGGGCUGACUCUUUCGAAACACACCAUCUGUGAGUUCUCACCGUUCUUCAAGAAAGGAGUGUUUGACUACAGCAGCCACGGGACAGGGUAGAGUUGCAAGUGGCAGAGGAACCCCAAUGCAGUGCCUUGUCAUGGAGGCAGGCUCGCAGUGCAGGGCUCCGGCCCGCCUACUCUGGCUGCAGGCAGGCGCGCAGCAGCCGGCCCGGGCUGCCCAUGAACUCACACCUAGUGCCUGACUGUGGGGCUGGGAUGCUUUACUUGCUGACGGUGACCCUGAUGGGCAGCUCUUCCUGUUCCAUUGCAGCUGAACGUGGCCUUUUCCCCACUGAGCUUCCUUCUCAUUGUGCCACUGGGGUCCAUCCCUUGUGGCAGGACGGAUGUGUCUUGAUUAUCCUGGGCUCUCCGCACCAAGCCAAGCUGGGACCUCCCGAAGUGGCUGGCUUACCAGACCUCCCAUAAAUGACUUCCAUCUGGUUUCUCCUUUCACCAAAACAUACUCUUACUUUUAUAUUCCUUCCAUAUAGCUGGCUAUAUCCCACAAAAAGCCGUUUAAAUUAUUUUGUUGUAUUUUUUCUCUUUUCACCUCAUUUGAGUCAGAACUUUUGUAUAAUACCUAAACACUGAUGUUUACACAGAAUUUCAUAUUCUGCAAAAGGAAUUUUUGAUCCAAUCAUGACUGGAGUCUUCCAUGCUUGACAAAUUGGAUGUAGGUGAUAUUGCUUAAAAUAUCUAUAAAUAAGAUAUCUGUUUAAUCUUGAAUAUUUAAGAAAACCUUCCCAAAUGUAAAUGGAUUCUGUGCAUUCUCAACCUUUCUCUGCCAAGCACAAAAUGAGCACCUAGCUGAAUGCAUAUUUUUAAACAUUAUUUUGUUCACAUUUUUGUUAUAGAAUCUACUGGAUCUUUAGCUAAAAGACUAGAAUUUAUAGUAGUUUAUUAAUGAUACCUUCAAUUACUCAGGAUUUCAUGUAGCCUUGCACAUCUGUGUAAAUAGUAAACUUCAUUUUACUAAAGACAAAAAUAUGAGCAGAAAAAAUAUAUAUGUGGUAUAUAAUGUAUAUAAUUCUACCUAUAGGUUUAUAUAUGUACACACUGUACAAUUGUAUCAAAAUGUAUAAUCAUUCAUAUCAAAUUUAUUAAAGGUAUUUGCUUUUUCAAAAUUGAGCUGCUAUCAAUAUUAAAUGAAGUUAUGGAAUCUACCAUGUAGCUCAGUUU